AUGGCUUGCAAUCAUUACCAUUCAUGGUUUUAUCUUAUUUUCUUCUUUCUCCUUAUUGGACUAGCCGCCUCCUCCUCCAUCUUCUAUGAUGCACUUGAUUCUCAUGGACAUUCUGGCCGUACCCUUCUUCAGGCCAAGAAACAAUGCAAUGUGAGUUUUGAGAAUAUGGACUACACAGUCCUCAUACAAAAUUGCAAGGGACCUCAAUUCCCAGUCAAGAAUUGUUGUGAUGCUCUAAAGAAAUUUGCUUGCCCACAUGCCGAUAUCCUAAACGACAGAACAAAUAACUGUGCAGAAACCAUGUUCAGCUACAUAAACCUCUAUGGGAAAUAUCCCCCUGGCUUGUUUGCAAAUGAGUGCAGAGAAGGCAAAGAAGGUCUCGUAUGCGAAGCGGAAGAAGAUUCUUCCUCGACUAGGGUUCAUAUUACAGCUGCUCAGUCCUCAUUCCUUGUACUCAUGGCUGGGUUUCUAGGAUUAUAUUUCCAUUUGUUGUAG